GCUGUCGUUUUGACAACAUAACGCUCAAACGACGUCGCCUUAAGAUCCCUUGUCAUCUCAUCACCUCCAUCUACAACGGAAGCCGCACUUUCGAAACCCCUAAAACCAGUAGGGCGCAAACUCAUUCAUGGCGUUGGUCGACAGAUCCGGGUCAAGUUGGAAUUCGAAUCCGCCGAAAGCGGAGAAGAUCCGGUGGGGAGAGCUCGAUGAAGACGACGGAGAAGACCUCGAUUUUCUACUGCCACCGCGCCAAGUGAUUGGGCCGGAAGAGAAUGGCAUCAAGAAGGUGAUUGAGUACAAGUUCAAUGAAGAUGGAAACAAGGUCAAGAUCACCACCACCACUCGUGUUCGGAAGCUUGCCAAGGCUCGCCUCAGUAAGCGAGCCGUGGAGCGUCGCUCAUGGGCUAAGUUCGGGGACGCGGUUCAUGAGGAUGUCGGGAGUAGGCUUACCAUGGUCUCCACUGAAGAGAUUCUUAUUGAAAGACCUAGAGCUCCGGGUACCAAAGCAGAAGAAACCAAGAUUGCUGGAGACUCCUUGGCUCAGCUUGGAAAGGGAGGUGCUGUUCUCAUGGUGUGCAGAACUUGUGGUAAGAAAGGUGACCAUUGGACAUCUAGAUGCCCAUACAAGGAUCUCGCAGCACAAACUGAUGCCUUCGUUGACAAACCUCCCGCUGCCGAGACCACUGUGGCUACUACAGGCACUGGCAAAGCCGCUUAUGUGCCUCCAGGCAUGAGACCUGGUGCAGAGAGAGUUGGAUCAGAUAUGAGGCGCAGGAAUGAAGAGAAUUCAGUUCGGGUCACCAACCUAUCAGAGGACACAAGGGAGCCUGACUUGCAUGAGCUAUUCCGCACAUUUGGCCCAGUAAGUCGGGUCUACGUGGCGAUCGACCAAAAGACCGGCAUGAGCAGAGGUUUUGGUUUUGUCAAUUUUGUAAACAAGGAAGAUGCAGAGAGGGCUAUCAACAAGCUGAAUGGGUAUGGUUAUGACAAUCUCAUCCUCAGAGUGGAAUGGGCCACACCCAGGACAAACUAGAACAUCAUACUUUUCUCCAACGUAAGUUAGGAUGAUCCCCAGAGAAUCCACCGCUGCCUGUUUUCUGCCCAUGUUUUUCCAUUUGCUGUUUGGCCUCUGUUAAGUUUUGGUUUGUCACUAGGAAUUAUUUAAUACUUAAAAAGGAAUGAUGCUAAGGUUGUUAACCUUAUUAUUAUCAAUUUCGAGGAAUGAUGCUAAGGUUGUUAACUUUA